AUGGGCUCUCAAGUUAAACCUCAAGUUUUGUUCUUAAUAUUCUUUUUUUAUAUUUUGGUACAGUUUGGAGAUUCCCAGAAACUUCGACUUGUUCGUAUCUUGCGUAGUACUGUUAUGGUGCGUGUGGGUGGUGGAUGGGUUGCUUUAGAUGAGUUCUUGGUAAAGAAUGACCCGUGUCGAGCUAAAGGACGCACGAACUUGGAACUGAGAGAACAGUUUAUUCUGGCCCAAGGAGUCAGCCAAUCACUGUCACCAUUUAAACCCAAGACCAGUCCUAAUGCUUCUCAGUCCUCCCAGAGCGGCAGCUCGGUCGGCCGCUCGGCUCCCUUGUCUGCUACUGGCCCUAUCACUAAGAUCCGUGAAAAGAGCGAAAGAAGCGUACCCAUUCGUCAGCGACGUGCUUCAGGAACAACAGGAAGCACUACAGAUUUGAAUAGCUCAAGUUGUCAUGAUGGAGACCAAUCUGGAAGAUCUGGCAGAAUACGCACACCCACAACUCCCAACCGACUGACACCUGGUCCCAAGUCGUCUAGUCGUCCUCCAAGCCGAAGCAGCAGUCGACCACCCAGUCGAGCAGGAAGUGACCUCUCGGCAGAGAGUGUGGAAGCUUAUCGCGGGCGAAAGCGAUCGAGCAGUACCACCAGAGUACGAAACCCCACUGUCUCUUCUACACCCACAGGGAACUAAAGGCACUCCUACUACUAAGAUCCCCACGGUUCGAAGAUCUUCUUCUACCGCUUCACCUAGGAGACAACCUGAUACUGUUAAGGGUCGAGAACGUUGGAAGUAAGACUGUCGUGAAGAUGGUCUGGUGAUGGUGAUUUUUAUAAAGUGAGUCUGCAGUAGCGACUGCAAUCAUCCAACAUAUGUUAAACCUAACGCUGCAACUACUUAAUGCCUUUUCUUGAAGGUUUCAAGUUUCUGCUGGUGAAGGUAAUAAUUGUUAAGUAGUUGUGCUGACCCCCACUAACUGUUCACAUAGUUCUUGUGUCAAUUUAACAUUCCAUCAACGUAAAUUUUUCUAGAUGUUUAGUCAAUAUUGUAAAUUUUGAUGCUGUAGUAAAUUGUUAACAUACCUUGAAGGUAGUUUAUUUUUAUCAUUGAAACUAAUUGUAAGUGUUGGCUCCUGUUCAUUUGUUACGUGUCAGAAUCUCAGCUUCAAUGGUCAACAAUACAAUCAAAGUUAAUAUGUUAUGUAGAUCAGUGUUAUGUAAGUACUGUUUCUGUGUUUUGUCAAUAAUAGAUUAUUGUGACUAGCCUGUAUUGCUUUUGUGUUAGAUGCAAUUAAGAAUAGAGCAUUAAAUAAGUUGAUUUAGCAAUAUUGUGUACUCGAUCAUGUGCCAAGAAUCUGAAGACUGGAUGUUGUACACAAUACGGAGUAAUCUUAACUAUUAUAUAAAGCUUUUCCACUUGAUAUAAAUUAUUAAUGCUGUGGUAGGGAUUACCAUAACCUGAGUGUGUAUUUAAUUAGUGGUUUUAUUGAGUGUAAUAAUAAUAUUCUGUUUCUUUCAAAUAAAGAUAUUCACUCUGUUAA